GGAAAAUUAGCUAGAUUUCUUAAUCAACUUGUUGGAAUUGUAGAAAUUGGCGCUACUACGAAAGUUUCCCCAAAUUAAUGUAAUGAAAUUUGAUGGGUUUAGGUCCACUUGUGGAUUUCGGAAGCGAUUAGUGAGUAGUUAUAGGUUUAUUUUGGAAGGUUUUAUGAUGAGAAAAUACAUGAGGAUGGUGAGUAGUUAUAUGUGAUUGUCAUGGUUAAAGUUAGGCAGUUCCUUUUAUGUUUCAAUUAGGGUGGUACUUUGUAGACGUUCGCUUUAUUGUCAUUUUAUCGACUUGUUUUAGUUCUACUUCACGUCCGAGUAGCUUACUCGAGUUCUUAAGGUUCAUAACUGAUACGGGUAUUGCUAGUUUUAUAACAUUGAAAGUGUUUGUAGAUUGAAUAAAUAGAUACAUAAUGUAGAGACAUAGAGACUCUCCCCUUCUUAUGUUGCCUAAUGUUCUAGCACUUUUUUUUUUCCGCGUAAACCUGAUAUACCUCACUAAGAAGAGCCGGUUCUUUUUAUUGUGUGUUUUUAAAUUGAGAGUCAAUCAAAAAAGUAUAUGAAGGAUUUGUAAUGGAAGCGAUGAUUGUGGUUUCUUUUGUCUCUUUAUAAUAUAAGCAACAAGGUUUAUCUAUUUUAGGUUUCUUUGGAUUCUCACCUGUUUAUGGAGAAAGUUGAGCAUGACACCUUCAUCGUUUAAGAAGACAUAUGGUGGAACACAGUCAGCUAACAUGGAAGUCUCUGGAACUAUGAUGCCCUACUAGAAUCCAUUAUUCCCCCAAUGGAAGCGGAUCAAUAAGUUCGACAAUAUAUUCGUUGUCGCCAAAAGAGGGAGAUUCUUUUAUGGAAAAUCAGCAUCCUUACUCAGUUAUGCAAUCUUCACAGUUAGAUGGCUUGGCCAUGAAGAACCACGAUGUCUCCUGGAAUGAGAUCGAGAACUUCCUCGAUACUCCCCUGGAAGUCCCUGAUCAGGACGGCCAAAUCGAGACAUCAAUGGUAGCAGAAGACCACGCUAAGAAGACUAAUUGGCAGGAAUGGGCCGAGCAGUUGAUCACAGUUAACGAUGAUACACUCAAUUCGAACUGGAGUGAUCUUCUUAUUGACGGCAAUCUUCCCGACUCGGAGCCAAAGCUGCUGGAUCUGCCACAUAAUGCAUCUUCACACCAGCCACAGAUCCAGCGGCUGCAACCUUAUCACGUGCCAAGUGUGAAUGAUUGUCCAGCAUUAGGCUCUUCAACUGCACCCUCGAGUAAAGCACGAAUGCGCUGGACGCCAGAACUUCACGAAGCUUUUGUGGAUGCUGUGAAUAAGCUUGGUGGUAGCGACAGAGCUACACCGAAGGGUGUUUUGAAGAUCAUGAAUGUCGAAGGCCUGACGAUAUAUAAUGUGAAAAGCCACUUACAGAAAUACAGAACUGCCAGAUAUAAGCCGGAGUCACCAGAAGGAACUCCAGAAAAGAAGUUAAAAACUGCAAGCGAUAUGACAUCCCUCGACUUGAAAGCAACUGUUGGCAUAACUGAAGCUCUCCGGCUGCAGAUGGAAGUACAGAAGCAGCUACACGAUCAACUUGAGAUUCAAAGAAAACUGCAGAUACGAAUUGAAGAACAAGGGAAGCGUCUCCAAGAGAUGUUCGAGCAGCAAAGAAAGCUGGAGGAAGUGCAAGGGAAAACCUCAUCCUCAAACGCGGGUAGACCUCAAACGCCAGCGAAACAAACACAGCCUUGCUCUGAGGACGACAAGCCAGAAUCAUCACAAAACAACACUGCCUCCGUGAAAGAAGUGGCGGCUGAUGUCUGCUCUUCAGCAGAUGAAGAUCAAAGUAAGAAGGAAAUGUCAUCUGACAACAGCCGUGCACCCUGUAGUCCUCCCUCGGGACUAACCAAGGUUAGUGAGACGGGCGCCCUUGGAUCGCCUCAUGAAUUAUGACAUAUACUCUCUUCAGAAAGUGAUUUCUGAUGGGAAUUCUUGAUUGUGAUGCCAACUAGAAUAGCAUGAAGAUUUGAUUUGAAGAAACAGAAUCUAUUGUUACUUGCAUUUGUAGAUAUUUAUGCCCUGCUCUGAUUCUCAUUGUAUUCGCUGCAGUUUUGAAUUAUGACAGUUUCCUUCAUAAAGUGCUAAUGACAGUGUUUUCUUGAAAA